AACCACUAGCACACCGCACACAUUCACACUCUACAUAACAUCCACAUAAACAAGAUGUCUGAAGGCGCGCAAGUUAUCGAAUUUGAGCACGAUGAUGCUUUGAAAGCCGCGGCCGUUGCCGCCCCUGGACCGAGUCUUCUAAGACAGUUCAUUGCAGGUGGAGCUGGUGGAGUGUGUUUAGUGUUCACCGGACACCCCUUGGACACAGUCAAGGUGAAGAUCCAGACCAUGACUGUUGUGAAAGGGCAGGCUCCCAUGUACUCAGGGACCAUGGAUUGCAUCAACCAGACCAUCAAGUCAGACGGCUUUAAGGGCCUUUACAAGGGAAUGGCGGCGCCUAUUCUAGGCGUAACGCCCAUGUACGCGUUGUGUUUCUUCGGGUUUGGUGUGGGUCAGAAGAUCUUCUGCAAGGAAGACUCGUUCACCAACCUGAACCAGGAGAAUUUGGGCCGAAUUGCCCUGGCCGGUGCCACAUCCGGACUGUUCACGACUCCUAUUCUUGCGCCUGGUGAACGGCUGAAGUGUGUGAUGCAAACGGCGCCUAAGGGCAUGUACGACGGACCCAUUGACUGUUUGAAGAAGCUGUACGGAGCGGGAGGAAUGAAGAGUAUGAUGCGUGGUUUCACCGCCACAGCCGGCCGUGACUCGAUCGCCUCAGCCUUCUACUUCUCGUCAUACGAAGUGCUUAAACAAGCACUCACACCCGCAGGUGAAAGUGGCCCAGGCAUUGGUGGUACGCUCUUAGCCGGUGGAUCGGCCGGUAUAUUCAAUUGGGCUAUUGCCUUGCCUAUCGAUACGCUCAAGUCUAAGCUGCAGGUGGCGCCGGAUGGCAAGUACCCCCACGGCAUCAGGAGUGUAUUCAGAGAAGUCAUGCAGAACGAAGGACCACGCGCACUGUACAGAGGCUUUGUGCCCGUCAUGCUCAGGGCUUUCCCUGCCAACGCCGCCUGUUUCUUGGGCUACGAGUCCGCCCUCAAAUUCUUGGAUUACGUUAACUGCCCUUGAGCGAGGCUAGACUAAGUGUUAUAAAAGUAGUGGUUGGGGAUGAAGUAGCCGUGUAUCAGGAAGCCUUGUUGGCAAAUAGCAAUAGACCAGUAGUGCUUGCUAAAUAAAGUAUGAUGUUAAUGUCAUGCUGACCUGCAUUGAACUGAUAGUAGUGUUUGCUUAAUAAAGUAUGAUGUUAAUGUCAUACUGACCUGCAUUAACUGAUAGUAGUGUUUGCUUAAU